AUGAAGUUCAAUAUGAAGAUUGCCUUCUUUUGCGUUGUCUUUUUCAUCCUCGUUUUAAGCGUUGCCUCUCAGUCCUCCACUGAUUCUUCUUCUGCUUCACCCACCGAUUCUGUCGCCCCAUCUGGCGGUCCAUCUGGCGGUCCAUCUAGCGGUCCAUCUGACAGCGCUAGUCCAGCCGGUCCAUCUGGUUCCGCCGGUCCAUCUGGCCCAGAACCAUCUGGUACAGCCGCGACUGACAACUCAAGCCAACCCACUGGCAGCGGCAGCAACAGCAACAGUACCAACGCUACUCCCACCGGAUCAGGUUCCAGCUCCAGUGGUACCGCAGCCGCAAGCCCAAAAGCUUCAGCAUCCGGAUCAUCAGCAUCGAGCGCCUCUCGCAUUGGUGUCGAAGCCAUGUUCGGUUUAUUGGUUGCCCUCAUCGCCGCUAGCUUCCUUAACUAA